UGGAACAGUCGAAAUUAGUCAACACCAGACACUAGCGAAAAUUCUAUAAUUGCGCAGAAAAUCGGGAAAAAAACAAAUACAAAUGUUUACUAAUACACAGAUAAGCACUAUUAGUUUGUGUGAGUUGCAAACAAUAAAUAACUGAAAGUAAGAUAAAAAGAAAAACGGCUUGCUGAUAGGCGUCACGUAGACGGCGCCCCAGUGCGGUUGAUCGAUAUUCACACACACGUUCAGAACACACACACACACAUAAAUAUAUAGUGAACGAGACGCACACACACAACGAAAUGGAAAACACAAUUUUAGGUGGAGACGAGGGCGAAAAAAUUGCCGCCUCUCAAGAAUUGCAAGCGGUGGACAUAGACAAAGGCAAGGGAAUGUUGAUGGGCGAAGUCAUCAUAGCUACCAAAAGUCCGGAGAUGACCUUGCCACAGCAGCCGCAACAGCAACAACAACAAACGGAAUCAGUUAACAAAGCAGUGCUAGUUGAAAACAAUGUUAAUUCAGCCCGCGGAAAUGCCCCAACAACAAUCAUACAAACAACAACAACAGCAGCAGCAAGUGAGAACCUUAAUAACAACAACAACAACAGCAGCAAGCAACAGCACCAAGAACAACAAAAAGAGGAACAACAAGCACAGCAACAGCAGCCGCCGCCGUCGUCAAGCGCUGGGAAUGCAAUAACAACAACAACAACAGCGAUUACAACAACAGAAUCAGACAGCAACAAUAAGACAGCCGAACGCAAUCACAAGAAGAAGAAAAAAGAUAAGGAACGCGAACGAGAUGAGGAAGAUAAGAAUCGUCACAAUAAUAACAACAACAACAACAGCAUGAGCAGCAGCAAGGAUCGAGAUCGAGAAAAGGAUAGAGAUCGCGAUAGAGGAAAUGGCAGUAGCAGCAGCAGCGGCAGCUCAUCCCGCACCAGCAGCAGCAAGGAUAAAAAGCAUCAUAGAAGUGAUAAGGAUCGUGACAGGGAAAGGGAUAAGGAACGAGAACGGGAGCGGGACCGGGAAAAGAUACCUUCAUCAUCGUCUAGUUCCUCAUCGCAUUCGCAUCGACGCCGCAGCUCCGAUAGCAGUCGGAGUAGUCAAAAUAGUUCGAGUAAGGCCAGCAGCACGAGGGAACAUCAAUCAAAUGCUCAGGAAAUGCUGCAAAUGGCUCUUGUUGCCGCCUUGGAGCAGCAGCAGCAACAAAUCAAAGUGGAGGACAUUAAGCAGGAGCCGCAAGGAGAUUCAUAUGCCAUUAAGACCGAAGAUGGACAUCAAAAAGUGAAUACAAAUGAGAAGGAAAUCAAAAAGGAACUAGUAGGAACAGAGACGCCGGGCAAACCUCUGCUAAAUGGGGAUGCGUCAGCGGUGUUGUCGACCAAGACCCGGGAUGAGGUCACACGUCAAUUAAAUUUCAGUUCUGGCAAGUCCAGUUCGGUAUUGAUGCCCUCGCCGGCACCGAAGACCUCUUCGUCCUCGUCGUCGUCGACAAGCAGCAGCAGUAAUCAUCAUUCCACCUCUUCCAGUCGCAAAUCAUAUUCCUCCUCCUCGUCCUCAUCGUCGAGUAGCCAUCAUAAAAGUAGCUCCUCAUCCUCAUCGUCCUCGUCGCGACAUUCAUCGUCCUCGUCGUCAUCGUCUUCGCGUGACUGUUCCAAAUGCUACAAACGCUCCAAAAUUCGUCGCACGAGUGUCGGAGUUCAGUGCCUCCAACAUGCCCCGACUGCUGGUCCCUGGCAGACAGUGCAGAGCUUACCACCCACACCCAAUCGCCAGGCUCCCGUUGGCUUGGAACAUCUCAAGUAUGGCCAAUACAUUCAAGUUGAGCAAUAUCCCAAUGGUGGGGCCUCCAUUGUCCAUUUGUAUCAGCACGAGAUCGAUGCCCUUCCGCCAGAUGAGAUGGAAGAAUUGGUCGAUGAAUUCUUCAGCGUUUGCUUUGCCGAAGAUGAGCAGGGUUUUGCCCAUCAUGUCAUGGGCAUUGUACAUGAUGCCGCUCGCUAUAUACCCGAUUUGCUGGAGCACAUGGCCGAGAACUAUUCCACAUUGACCGUCAAGGCGGGCGUCUUGGGACGAAAUUCGGACAUUGAGACCUGCACCAUGGCCCAGUACAAUGAGCAGGUUGUUCGAAAUUAUUGCCAGGGCACUUUUCGCUAUGGACCACUGCAUCAGAUCAGUUUGGUGGGCAAAGUACAUGAAGAGGUUGGCGGUUAUUUUCCUGAUCUGCUUGGACGCAUUGAAAUGAAUCCGUUUCUGCGAAAGACCAUGCCCUGGGGUGUCAAAUCAAUAUUACAAACGGAUCCACGUCAAUCGAAUGAUGGACCCAUCUUGUGGAUACGUGCGGGUGAACAACUGGUGCCUACCGCUGAAUUGAACAGUAAAACACCUUUAAAGCGUCAACGAACUCGCAUCAAUGAGCUUCGCAAUUUGCAGUAUUUGCCGCGUUUAUCAGAGGCUCGUGAGACCAUGAUUGAGGAUCGGACCAAGGCGCAUGCCGAUCAUGUGGGCCAUGGACACGAACGCAUUACCACAGCUGCAGUUGGCAUUUUGAAAGCUGUUCACAGUGGUCAAUCCUAUACACAGAAUCGUAUAACCAAAGAUGUGGUUGCCUUUGCCGCUCAAGACUUCAAUACGCUGGUGGAGAUGCUGCAAUUGGAUCUCCAUGAGCCACCCAUAUCGCAGUGUGUUCAGUGGAUUGAGGACGCCAAGCUCAAUCAGCUGCGACGGGAUGGCAUACGAUAUGCACGCAUACAAUUGUGCGAUAAUGAUAUUUACUUUCUGCCACGCAACAUAAUCCAUCAGUUCCGCACUGUAACGGCUGUAACGAGUGUUGCUUGGCAUUUGCGUCUGCGACAGUAUUAUCCCGGCCAGGAGGUGAUCAAUGAGAAGAAUAAUCCAGUUCUGGCUGAGACACCGCACUAUAAGGAGAAGCAAACUAUUCUACCCAAUCCAGUUGGCCAUGACGAGAGUGGCAAAAAAACGCCCUCAAAGCGGACGCAUGAUGGCAAAUUGGCCAAGAGGAAACUCAUCGAUUUGGACGGCAAAGAGCGACGCUCAAGCGAGAGCAGUCUGGACGAUAGCUGCAAUUCACCCAGACAGGAUAGUAGUAGUUCCAGUAGCCAGAGUAGCCCCAAUAGCAAUAGUGCAGAAAGUGGAGGAACACCCAAAAAGAAGUUCAACAAAGACGAUUCCAAAAUUGAUAUGCGCAAAAUGAUUUUGGAGCACAAAUACAAACUGACCAAGUCGGCAGUGAUAAACAGCCAAGAGAAGGACAAGGCCAAACCGAAGAAGGACAAGGAGAAGGAAAAGGAUAAAGAAAGGGAAAAGAUUAAGGAAAAGGAAAGAAACAAGGAAAAGGAGCGAAAAGUAGAAAAUAAUACGCCCAAAAAGAAAGCAGAAAACUCAGUGACAACUGCACCAACUCCAGCAAAGGUUAUACGUCUCACAAAUGACGUCCCAUUAGUGGCAACUCCCACAGUUGCUCCAACUUCCACUGGAGCUCAACCCUUGCCCUUGCCUUUGCCUCUGCCAACUCCUUCUCUUGCCAUUUUACCGGGAUUGCCGCCGCCAUUAGUGCCUCAGACGAGUUUCAUUCACCGCUUGAAUCAAAAGGAACCCGAAAUCAAAAUUCAAGUAAAAAUCGUAUCCGAUGAGCCGACGACGACGACCUCUAUGACUACAACAAGCAAAAGUGAUAUCAACAAUAUAAAUAAUACAAAUAACACCUCCAUUACCAACACCACCACCACCACCACAACAACACCGCCUGCCGAAUCCCCUGCUAAUCCCGAAGUCGAAGAUGUGGGCCAAGAGCUGAUUGUGGAGAGCACACCUCAACUGGACGUGGACCAUGAGGAAGAGGUCACCGAGGUGUGUGCCGAGGAAAUUGUGGAAACGAAUCCAAUACCCUUGCAAGAGGCUCCAGUACCUGAGCAACCACCACUUCCUCAAGCCACCCCAGCAGCAGCUCCGCUUGUUAUCCCUCUUACUCCUCCAGUUGCUGCUUCUGCUGCUGCCCCUCAGAUUGUUAAAGUUGUCCUGCCUGCUGCUGCAUUAACUCCAAUUGGUAGAAUGUCAGUGCUAAUGCCCCCGCUGCCACCAUUGCCUCCAUCAAGGGUAACCGCUCCACCACCUCCCCCACCACCCUUCUCCAACAACAGCAGCCCACUGAAACCCACCUAUAAAACAUUCAGUUUGCCACCACACAAGAUAAUUAUUGCGGGAGCAACGACCAAUUCGGCCAACAGAAUAACAAAAACGACAACCACACCAGUGGAUCUUUUGGGUUCCAUCAUGGCCAGCAUGGAUAAACCAGCCGUUACCACCACCACCAACACCUCAUCAUCAUCGUCAUCAUCAGCAACCUCGGCAACAACGAAUACAUCGCUAAACUCUUAUGCCAAGUCCAAUAAUAGUUAUUGAGUGACACAAGAGCUGAGCUGCGAGAGGCUCCCUUCUACUUGUUUGUACAUUAAAUGAAUUGAGAAUCCUCCUCCUUGGGCGAUGUCGUCUAACGCAAAGCCCCAGAAAGAGAUCAAUAGAGAUACAGAGAGAGAGCUCAAAACUCCUCGCCCAACCAAACAGUUGGUGGGGAACGUUUACACUAGGAAAGAUAUUGUAAUCACUUUAUAUAUAUAGACAUUUAGUACAAGAAAGUUUGAUAGAAAUUUACAAUAGAAAAACGAGUAGAUCAACAGACACCCAACAGGACAUUAAGUCACAAAAUAUUUCAAAAUUUAAAAAGUCUCUUGAAUUGAUUUAGCCCUUCAUUUCGCUUUAAGUUUGAAAAUCCAAAAAUAAUAUUUCGAUCUCUAUUAUUUUUUUUUUUCGGUUUAUAAUCCUUUUUUUAAGAUUAAGUUUUUCAAUAACGAUUAUCUAAUAGUCGUUUGGAUGUUAUACACAUAGAAUGUAUAUUAAUCCCAAUCGCAAAAUCCUACAGAUUACAUUAUUCAUAAGUUUGAAGUAUUUUCGAACCAAUUUGCAACAGAUAAUUAUAAGUAGGUAGGAUCAUAAGAACUUAAUUAAGCGAAAAGUUUUGCAUCCCAAUUGAUUCUAAGACUUGGUCUCAAUGGAAUCGAAGAAGCAUAUCCAUCGUAGGCAGUAGAAAUUGCUUCUAAAAGCCAUUAAUAUUUGGCAGUUAUCAUUAUUUAUAGGUUCUUUACAAUUCUU